GUCAUUGCUAAGUCAGCUGACUCGUGCAGAUGACUAUUGACAGUCUCAGACGUAGGAAGAAGUUUGGGAAAACAAAGUUUUAACUUUAUAAUGAUAUAAGGUAACUUUUGGUCGCACUGUACUGAGAGUAAUUUUGAAAAUGCCUUCUUUUAUCAUCUGUGGUCCGAAAAUGGCAGUAUGUAUGCUGGUGCUGAGCAUGUGGGGAGUCAUUAUGCUGGCAAUGCUGGGGAUUUUCUUCAGCGUUCAUUCGGCUGUACUGAUUGAGGAUGUGCCUUUAAAGGAGGAAGACCGUCAAGACACUCAGAACCCACUGCAGAAUGUUUAUGCUGUCUACAACCAAGUUGGCUACAACUGCUUCAUCGCAGCAGGAAUCUAUGUAGUGAUUGGAUUUGUGUCUUUCAUUCAGGUCCGACUGAAUAAGCGCAACGAAUAUCUUGUGCGUUAGCAUGAUCUGGUGGGCGGAGAAAUCAGACUCUGUGAAACUGAUCUUCAUAUCUUGCUGAAUUUCCUUGAUCACCAAUGUUUUGAUAUUACAGAAGGAAACUGCUGUUGGUAUUUUAGUUGUAAUCAGAGCCAAAAUGUUGCAUUUUCAUUGUGCCUUUUCUCUUUGUAAAACAUUCUCAGGUUUAGAUCUUUAACAAAAAAAGCCUCAGUGUGGGAUUGAUAUUUAUGGAAGAAGGAUUGUUAUGGUUAACAUUGUGCCUUACUGCCUUCUACACAUUUUGUCAUGAUGUUUACUGUAGCCCAAAAGCUUUUAAAUUUUUAAGAAUAAAAAAUGUGCUACUGUUUGGUUGAAAAAAUGUGCUACUGUUUGGUUGAAUUAAAAAUCGCAUACAAUAGUAUCACAUUUGAAUAAUAUUUAUAUAUACGUAAACACAACAGAAAGUAGAAACGACCAUUGUCUGUGUGAAUUUAAUUUCAUGUAUUAAACAGUUAACAAUCUAGUA